UCAUCAGGAAGGAAACGGUUCCUUUCUCCUGCACAACCGCUGGACACCGCUGAGCCAGAACCAGGAAGCCGAACUCGACGAAAGUUCUCUGCCGCCGCUGACACUUUAAUACGGUCAUUAUCCUUCAGCAGGGGCCGGUGUUCGGGUGAUCUGCACCGAGCCUCGUGUAGCGGAAACAAACACCGGAUACGACCCGGCGGCUGGCAGCACCGAGGCUUCCUGAGGAGGACAGAGCCGACGCUCAGGUGGAGGCCGAGGGGAAACCAGCAUGUAGUUGGCCGGUGUUCAGUGGAUGUUUUCUGUCUUUUUGACGCAUCCUACAGGCUGCGGUGCCAUCGGCCAUGAAUGAGCAAGCCAAGAGGGAGCUGAAAGAAGAGGGCAAGGAGGAGGUGUUGUGCUGCUGCGAGUAUGUGAACAGACACGGGGAGCGAAGCCACGUUGCGGCGUGCUGCUGCGACUGCGAGGACCUGGACGACGCCUGCGACAGGUUUCUGAAGAGAGAGCCUCAGAAACCUGAAUCCCUGUCGCAUGUGGCUGCAGUCGUCUCCGAUCGGAUCCGUGUACCCUGGUUGUGGGGCGGAGCCCGAAAACUGGAUCUGUCCAUCAUCCCUCCUCUUGUCCUCCUUCCUGGCCUGCUGCACCUCGCCGCUUUCCACCUCCUGCUUGGUGUACUGGUUCUGAUGGCUCUGCCCGGCCUAGUGUUGUGGUACUACUUCUUCACCCACCGCAAAAAGGGACGCACGCUCUUCUUCCUCAGCCUGGCCCUCUUCUCCUUGGGGUACAUGUAUUACCUGUUCAUCUCAGAGGUGUUUCCACGUGGGCAUGUUGGUCAGUUUGAGCUGGCAGCUGUAAGUUUAGGGGUCAUCCUCACCCUGCUGGCUCUUAUCCACACCAAGAGAGAUCCUGGCAUCGUUCGGCUGGACAAACAUGCUGUCCACAGCACGGUGAUGUAUUACAGGCCCCCCCCUGCAGACAAAGACUUUUCCUUCAAUGUUGGGGCGCAGGAAGUGUCAACGGCUGCAGUCCACCGGAUGGGAUCAUCGGAGGAGGAAGGGUUGGAGCUGCAGGAAAGUAGCCGGAGGAACUGGUGUUCAGUGUGCAGGAUUGUGCGGCCGCAGAGGGCGGGACAUUGUCGGAUCUGUGGUGUUUGCGUGCUGCGUCUCGACCACCACUGUGUCUGGAUAAACAACUGUGUGGGCCAGGCCAAUCAUGGGAGCUUCCUGCUCACCCUCGUCUUCUUCCUGCUGACGUCCCUGUACGGCAUUGGCCUGGUGCUGCGGAGUGUGUGUCCACAGCAAAACGUCCUCACUGCCUUACUCUACUGCCCCGAGGUUUACAACCAGUACAGCUCUGCUCUUUGCUUCACCUGCGCCUGGUACAGCAGCAUUGUGACCGGCGGCCUCCUGCAUCUCCUUCUAGUGCAAGUGGUCAACAUCAGCUACAACGUGACGGAGCGGGAGGCACGAGUCGCACUGAGGGAGAAAACGGCCCGCAGCACCUGCUGGGGACUCGUCGUGGACACAGGCGUUUACUCAAGAGGUCUGUGGAGCAACUGGUCCGAGUUCAUGUCCAUGGGGGACAAACUGAAGCCUCCGUCUCCAACAGACUUGGUGUAAGAGACAAAAGGGGAACGGUAGCAACACAUCCGCUUCUGUCCACUAGAUGGCAGCAUUGCCACUUCGUCUAAAAUAGCCUGGCUCUGUUGUUGAGAGUGAACAUGUCUCCAGCAGAGUCAGCGUUGCUCUAAGGUACUUUGACAUUUAGCAGUACUGCUUCCCACCUCAACACCGCGCAUUCACUGCCAUUAAAAUGACAACUGGGACCUCAACUACGUGUUUGGAGCUAACGUCAACUUGGUUACACACAACUAUCACUGUGGAUGUCUUCCUUUGGCCUUGGACUCUGACUUUACUUCUCGGUUACAUUCCAGUCCCUCGGUAGACACCUGUAGUUAACGCUCUCUGCAAAACAUUUUUCUACAGCCAAAAAUUUAGUAUCUGGAAGAUUCCUCUGGAUUUUGUUUUGAGAUUUUAUGUUAUAGAUCAAGACGGGGUCAUGCAUAAAUGAGAAGUGGAAGUAAAAUGAUACGUAAAUAAAACUAAAACAAAAUGUGAGAA